AGCUAUGCUGUUUCAGUUCCUGAGUUGCAGAUCGUCUCAGAGACACAGAGGCAACACUCUUCCCUGCUGCUCUCACCCGUCAUCCUCCUCAUCCUCCUACAUCAGGAGCCGAGCUAUUCUCCUCCACCUCUUCAAACAGACAGGCGUGUCUAACUCAUUUCCUAACAUCAUCAUCAUCAAAGGAAGACAACAGGAAGUCCCCUGACCCUCACCCUGCCAGGUCACCAUGGCAACGGUCAUCAGCACACGAUUCUCUGAUGAGUAUCAGCUGUACGAGGAAUUGGGGAAGGGAGCGUUUUCGGUGGUGCGGCGCUGUGUUAAGGUUCUACUGGGUCAGGAGUUUGCAGCCAAAAUCAUUAACACCAAAAAACUGUCUGCCAGAGAUCAUCAGAAGUUGGACCGUGAAGCUCGAAUUUGUCGACUACUGAAGCACCCCAAUAUCGUUCGUCUCCAUGACAGCAUCUCAGAGGAGGCUCAUCACUACCUGAUCUUUGACCUAGUCACAGGCGGAGAGCUGUUUGAAGAUAUCGUAGCCAGAGAAUAUUACAGUGAAGCUGAUGCCAGCCACUGCAUCCAGCAGAUAUUGGAGGCGGUGCUUCACUGUCAUCAGAUGGGCGUGGUCCACAGGGACCUGAAGCCUGAGAACCUGCUGCUGGCCUCAAAGUCUAAAGGAGCAGCGGUGAAACUGGCCGACUUUGGCCUCGCCAUCGAGGUGGAGGGAGAUCAGCAGGCCUGGUUCGGUUUUGCGGGGACUCCAGGAUAUUUGUCUCCAGAAGUUCUGAGGAAGGAUCCGUAUGGGAAGGCAGUGGACCUCUGGGCCUGCGGUGUGAUCCUAUACAUCCUGUUGGUGGGAUAUCCUCCCUUCUGGGAUGAGGAUCAACAUCGUCUCUACCAGCAGAUCAAGGCUGGGGCAUAUGAUUUUCCUUCUCCUGAGUGGGACACAGUGACUCCUGAAGCCAAAGACCUGAUCAACAAGAUGUUAACGAUCAAUCCAGCUAAACGCAUCAGCGCCACAGAGGCCCUCAAACACCCCUGGAUCUCUCAUCGCUCCACUGUGGCGUCUUGUAUGCACAGACAGGAAACAGUUGAAUGUCUGAAGAAAUUCAAUGCCAGGAGGAAAUUGAAGGGAGCCAUUCUCACCACCAUGUUGGCCACAAGGAACUUUUCUGGAGGGAAGAGUGGCAGCAACAAGAAGGCAGACGGAGUGAAGGAAUCGUCUGAAAGCACCAACACCACCAUCGAGGAUGAAGAUACCAGAGUGAGAAAGCAGGACAUCAUUAAAGUCACAGAGCAGCUCAUCGAGGCCAUCAGCAACGGCGACUUUGAAAGCUACACUAAGAUGUGCGACCCGGCUGUGACAGCCUUCGAACCUGAGGCUUUGGGAAACUUGGUGGAAGGACUGGACUUCCAUCGCUUUUACUUUGAAAACUUGUGGUCCAAAAACAGUAAACCAGUCCACACCACCAUCCUGAACCCCCACAUCCACCUGGUGGGUGACGAGGCCGCCUGCAUUGCUUACAUUAGAGUGACUCAGUACAUCGACUCCAACGGCACUCCUCGGACCGCCCAAUCAGAGGAGACCCGGGUGUGGCACCGCCGCGAUGGCAAGUGGCAAAUUGUCCACUUCCAUCGCUCAGGCUCUCCCUCCACCCUCAACAACUAACCUCCUGUUCCAGAGUGGGUGGAUCUCCAAUGGGGCAGCCGUCACCUUGGCAACCAGCUGACCAGGCAUCUCACACCAGCCAUUCAGGAUUUUAUUUGUGAAGUUGGAGGAGAAGGAAACACAGGGCAUGGCCAACCCCCCCAACACACACACACACACACACACACACACACACACACACACACACACACACACACACACACACACACACACACCUGUGCAACAACCUUUUCUCCUGCACACCACCACAGCGCCCCCCUGUGGCCAGAGCCUGUCUCUGCUUGGCUUAGCCCUGAUCCUGGAAGCAGAGGGACACCGUUAGCUGUAGGAUGUUACUGAGCAUGUGCAGAGGUCUGACCUCACAGAACCAAUCAAUAAUAAUUUGGGGUUUGUAGUUGGGGCGAUGCUGGUAUUGCUGCUGCUGCUGAUAACGUAACACAUCACUAAGUUGCUAUGGUAACUGAUCAUUUUCAGACCAAUUAUCUCAAGUUUCAUUGUCAAUUCAGCAUCUUUACUUUUUAUAGUUUAAUUUGUAAAGCUUCUAAUAAUGACUGAAGCUCUUCUUUUUACAGACGGGUUCAGAAGAAGACAGGGCCUCUUUAGACAUCUGGAUCUCUGCUCUGAUGAUGUGAUCAGUGGGGGGGAUCCAGCGUUGAUAGGAACAGCUGGUUGAAGUGAUGCCGUUGAGAUAAUUUGGCCUAAAAUCAAAUCAGCAUCUUUGACUCAGACCAUCACACCAUUUCAUUAAAAGUCUCUCUGCUUCCUUUAGGCUCAAGGAGCUUCAGGUGCCUCCACAAGCAGCCACGCUCCUCCUUCUCCUCCCACUCCUCUCGCCCACACAACAAAAGCCUAACAUUUCUUAACAAGCUGCCUGCUCUCCUCAAGUAGAGAGGGACAGAAUGGUACAGAAGACAUUAAAGAGCAAAAAGGUAAACAGCAUGAAGGAAGCUAUGAAUUCAAGAAAAGUAAAAAGAAAGAAAUAUUCCCUGACUGACAGAAUUAAAAUGCGUCAGCACCAAUGACAGUAUUUAUGAAAUAAACACUCUGCGCCGUCACCCGACAGCUUCUGAAGAGUUGGAUUGAAGCCCGAUGGGUGGCUAUCACCACUGCCGUCAUGGCUGCAUCAUGUGUCUCAUCACUCCCAGGAAAAACAAAAAUGGAGCUGAGUGUUGAUGAUUGGCACCCAUCAAAAGCUGAUGUAGCUAUGAAGGUACUGAGCUAACUGAAGCUAACAGAGGUUGGUGGGAGCUUUUAGCCAGAAAAACGUGGUUGAGUGACCAUGCUACCCUCAGCCUUCUUGGCUGAAACACUUUUAAUGUGAGGCCGAGGCCUUCUUUGGAGCAAGCAGGAGGACUAGCUGCUAUUGCUGCUACCUUUCAGUCAAGUAGACCCACCCCUAAUUAUUCAUAAUUUCUAGCUUAAAUUGCAUUUAAACAAGUGAGUAACAACAAAAUUCACCCCCAUCAGAGUUGUCAUGAGUGUAAACUAGAUCUGUUAAACCUAGAACUGGUUUCUCAACCAGGCUGUAAACAUGUAUUUUUCUGCUGUGAAUGGGCUUUUUUAACAUGGGAGUCAAUGAGUUUCCUGCGUUCUGGAUCAAGCCCCUAGUUGCCCAUUGGUCAGCACGACUCUGGGCUUCCUGUUUAGCCCAUUCAGCAGACCGGAACUGUUCCAAUUAACAGCCAAUCAGAGUCCCAGAAGUGUCAAAGUUCAAUGAAUCAGAAAAUUAUAGGAACAAAAAUGAAAAAAAAAAAAAAAAACAGAA